AUGUUGACCGCGUCACGUAGAGCACGUUUCGGCUUGACCUCGUUCAAGGCUGCGACAUUGAGAGCACGCUACCACGACGAGUCAUUUGGAUACCGGAAACCGCGACCUUACAAUCUACCAGACUGUAAGUUCAGCGUCUUGUUACGUAUUAUGGCUAUUUAUCGCUUUGUCUCUUCAAGACACCCCGCCCAACUUGAAAACCGAGCCAAGAAUGCUGCUCUGUUAAGAUAUGUUGAAUCAGUUCGGCAACAUGGCCAUAGCCUCAAUCGAUCCCCUGGACCUCCUGGAACGAGACCCGUUGGUGCUUUGGAUCCUACGCGCUACGGGCUCAAAGAUGCAAACGCCAAGUUUGAUAUUAACGGUAUCAUUUGGCAUGACCUUGGCAACUUAGGAUCCCCAUCCUCCGAACCGGUUAUGUGGUCACUGUCUGAGAUCGUAGACCACUUGCGUUCAGUUUACAUUGGUCGCAUUGCAUAUGAGUACAUGCACUCGCCAUCCAAAUCUGAAAGGCUCUGGUUCUCGCACUUGCUUGAAUCCAAGCAGACAUCAGGCAGAUACAACCCCGAUGAUGAACAGAAACGCCGAAUCUGGGGUUUACUGGCUCGAAGUGAAACCUGGGACCAAUUUUUGCAACUCAAAUUCCCGAACCUCAAGCGAUACGGGCUCGAGGGUGCUGAAUCUAUGCUCUCGGCCGUGACUCUGUAUUCCAUUCCGCCUCUCAGAGUGGGGUCUCGAAUGUGGUCCUAUGUAUGCCGCACCGUGGAAGACUCUCUUUACUAA